AUGAGGUCUUAUGGAAGUGUGUUUCAAGCAGUACACAAGGAAACUGGACAGUUACUUGCCAUCAAACAAGUCCCUGUCGACACAGACUUACAAGAAAUUAUCAAAGAAAUAUCUAUUAUGCAACAAUGUGACAGUCCAUAUGUUGUGAAGUAUUACGGCAGUUAUUUCAAAAAUACUGAUUUAUGGCUCACAGAACCAGAAAUCUCUACUAUACUACACAGCACUUUAAAAGGUUUAGAGUAUUUACACAGUAGAAGAAAAAUACAUCGGGAUAUAAAAGCUGGUAACAUCCUACUCAAUAAUGAAGGACAUGCCAAAUUAGCCGACUUUGGAGUUGCUGGACAACUUACGGAUACAAUGGCUAAACGUAACACUGUCAUAGGAACUCCAUUUUGGAUGGCGCCAGAAGUCAUACAAGAAAUUGGUUAUGAUUGUGUUGCUGAUAUCUGGUCACUUGGAAUUACAGCUCUAGAAAUGGCUGAAGGCAAACCACCCUAUGCAGAUAUCCACCCUAUGAGGGCUAUUUUUAUGAUUCCAACCAAGCCACCACCAACUUUCAGAAAUCCAGAAAAAUGGUCAGAAGAUUUUAUAGAUUUUGUUUUGCAGUGCCUUGUCAAAAACCCGUCAGAGAGACCGUCAGCUUCGAGAUUACUACAGCAUCCUUUCAUAAAGAACGCUGCAUCAGCAAGUCUGGUGGACAUGAUAGCUGAAGCUAAGGAGAGAAGAUUAGAAAUGCAAACAAGACAAGAACAAGAUUUUGGUGAUUCAGAAGAAGAUGAAAUAGACAGUGGUACAAUGAUUCCGCGAGAUAGCAAUGCAGGUACUAUGGUAGAGCAUGGCACAAUGGUUGACCAUGGUGAUAGUGGUACUAUGAUUGAAUCUGAUAUAGGUACCAUGGUGAUUAAUUCUGAUGAAGACGACGAUGAUGAUUCUACCAUGAAAAAAAUCUCUUCUGGGUCUGGAGAGAAGUACACACCAUCAUUUUUAGAACACUUUGAUAAACUUGACAGAGAACGUCUUGGUAACACAGCAGGAAGUACUGGUAGUAGUAGUAGUAGUAGUAUCCAGUCACAACAACCCACAGUGCCAAUUGGUGAAGACAGAGACAGUCAAAGAUCAUUUGGUAGACCGUUUACAGAGGGAGAUUUUGAAUUUUUAAAAUCUAUGAGUUAUGAGGAUCUGAAAACCCGUUUAAAUUCUUUAGAUCCUGAAAUGGAAAGAGAAAUAGAAGAACUUCGGAAACGUUACCAAGCAAAAAGGCAACCUAUAUUGGAAGCAAUUGAUGCAAAAAAGAAAAGACAAAAUCAAGGAAUACAAAUAUUCUGAUGUCCCGGGGAGUUAUUUACUUCAUCCAAAGUGUUGUCAACAUUUUUUUGCAAUUUUUGUCCCAGAACUGAAACAAUGUACAUGGAAUAAAUGGCAGCAGGUUUUAUAAAACACUGUGUUGGGCAUCCUCCAAUAAAAGCCAUUCAUACUGUAAUUGCACUGUAAUGCAUCCUCCAAUAAAAGCCAUUCAUACUGUAAUUGCACUGUAAUGCAUCCUCCAAUAAAAGCCAUUCAUACUGUAAUUGCACUGUAAUGCAUCCUCCAAUAAAAGCCAUUCAUACUGUAAUUGCACUGUAAUGCAUCCUCCAAUAAAAGCCAUUCAUACUGUAAUUGCACUGUAAUGCAUCCUCCAAUAAAAGCCAUUCAUACUGUAAUUGCACUUUAAUGCAUCCUCCAAUAAAAGCCAUUCAUACUGUAAUUGCACUUUAAUGCAUCCUCCAAUAAAAGCCAUUCAUACUGUAAUUGCACUGUAAUGCAUCCUCCAAUAAAGCCAUUCAUACUGUAAUUGCACUGUAAUGCAUCCUCCAAUAAAAGCCAUUCAUACUGUAAUUGCACUGUAAUGCAUCCUCCAAUAAAAGCCAUUCAUACUGUAAUUGCACUUUAACGCAUCCUCCAAUAAAAGCCAUUCAUACUGUAAUUGCACUUUAAUGCAUCCUCCAAUAAAAGCCAUUCAUACUGUAAUUGCACUUUAAUGCAUCCUCCAAUAAAAGCCAUUCAUACUGUAAUUGCACUGUAAUGAGUGCAUCUCCAAUAGAGAUGUAUCUAAAUCAAAUAUGUUUGUUAUUUUAGAAUUUUAAGUACACUAGACUCACUUUAAUUUAUUAAUGUCAACUGCUUAACUCUGAUGUUGACUUUGUCAAGCGUAGCUUAUCAUACGAGUCCGAUUGCUUUGAUAUAUUAAUCAUAUAUUCACCUCAGGUGGCCCAAUCUCAGAUUUGUUUAUUCUUGAUGAAGUGUGCAUUGCUAACAGUGGAGCUAUCUGAGCCAAUAGGUUGCUUGAUUUUACAGAUUACCCUGACAUUAGGUAGGGUUUUAUUAGAGCAUUGUGUGACUUUCAUGUACUCUAAAAUGUACUCAAAACUUUGAAGAUUAUUUGAUUUCAUUUUUGAGACAAAAAGUCAC